AAAACCCCACUUGUGAUUACCAUCUGACGUUUACAGAAAAAGAACAAUUGCGGAGAUGCUCCACUAUAGGUAGUUUUAAACAGACUAGAAAUGAACUAUUCUUCGUAGUAUAUCACUGGAUCAUUUAUUGUGAUAUACAAAUAUAGAAAGAAAAAAGAAGAAGCAAAUAAUAAGUCAAACUCUGAAGUCUCUCUUUUCAGCUAAAUGGAUCAGAUGCAACACAACUUUGUUAGCAUAAGAGGAGUGAAGCUUCACGUUGCUGAGAUUGGAUCUGGCUCUUUAGCAGUUGUCUUCAUACAUGGGUUUCCAGAAAUAUGGUAUUCAUGGAGACAUCAAAUGAUUGCUAUUGCAAACGCUGGAUACCGAGCAAUUGCACCUGAUUUAAGAGGCUAUGGAUUGUCUGAGCCACAUCCACAGCCUGAAAAGGCUUCCUUCAAUGAUUUUGUGGAGGACACUGUAGCUAUCCUUGAUUAUUACCAGAUCCAAAAGGCAUUUUUGGUUGGAAAAGACUUUGGUUCAUGGCCUGUUUAUCUGCUCUCCCUUUUCUACCCAAGUAGAAUUUCUGGAGUUGUGUCAUUAGGAGUGCCAUUCUUUGUUCCUAGGCCCCGGCGAUACAAGGAACUUCUUCCUGAAGGUUUCUACAUCUCUAGGUGGAAGGAACCUGGAAGAGCAGAGGCUGACUUUAGCAGAUUUGACGUGAGAACUGUAUGGAGGAAUAUUUACAUACUCUUCUCAAGAAAUGAAAUUCCUAUAGCAGAGAAAGAUAAAGAGAUCAUGGAUUUGGUGGAUCCAUCCACUCCUCUACCCCAAUGGUUGAGCAAUGAGGAUAUUGCCAUCUAUGCAACUUCAUAUGAAAAAUCUGGAUUUGAUUCUCCAAUGCAAGUCCCUUACAAAGGGUUGCCGGAGGAAUUCACAAUGACUGAUCCCAAGGUUCAGGUCCCAGUGCUGCUAAUAAUGGGUGAGAAAGAUUAUUUCCUUAAAUUUCCAGGGAUUGAGCACUACAUAACAAGUGGAGAAGUAAAGAAUUAUGUUUCGGAUUUGGAGAUAGAAAGCUUGCCGGAUGGUACCCAUUUUAUCCAAGAGCAAUUCCCAGAUCAGGUGAAUCAACUAAUGGUUAGCUUCUUAGAGAAACAUGCUUGAUCUGGUCCUUGUCCAGUCGCAAAAAUAAUGAUAAAAUGUAAUAAUAAUGAAUCCAUGUCCUUGUAAGCAGAAAGAUCUUAGGAGGAUAUUAUUUGGCACUCAAAAGUUUGCAAUCUAUUAGAUUAUGUUUAAAUCCAUG